GCGGCGGCGUGAGGCUGACGACGGUAGGAGCGGCUUGACAGGCGCGCGAGCCUCCCCGGACCCCCUUCCCGCCCGCUCGGAAACUGUUGUGCUGAAAGGAAGAAUUAACUGGUCUUUCAACUUCAGCCUUUUUAUUGUGAGAGGGGAGAUCACAGAAGUGUUACCAUGGGGAGAACAGCAGCUAAAGAGCAGUUUAAUUGGGAUGAUUAUCUGAAAGAGACUGAAACAGUAGCUGCCCCUCUGCAUUGUUUCAGACAGUCUAGAAUUCCACCUACGAACGAUUUCAAAGUUGGGAUGAAACUGGAAGCCCGUGAUCCUCGCAAUGUUACCUCAGUUUGUAUAGCUACAGUAAUUGGAAUCACUGGUGCCAGGCUGAGGUUGCGGCUGGAUGGAAGUGACAACAAAAAUGAUUUUUGGAGGCUUGUGGAUUCCUCAGACAUACAGCCCAUCGGAACCUGUGAAAAGAAAGGGGGCAUGCUCCAGCCUCCACUUGGGUUCCAGAUGAAUGCAUCUUCUUGGCCAAUGUUUCUCUUAAGAACUCUCAAUGGAGCUGAAAUGGCACCUGCAACAUUCUUUAAGAAGGAACCACCAAAACCUGUACCAAACUGCUUUAAAGUUGGAAUGAAACUUGAAGCUAUAGAUAGAAAGAACCCAUACUUGAUUUGCCCAGCAACCAUAGGAGAUGUUAAAGGAGAUGAAGUUUUUGUUACAUUUGAUGGCUGGAGAGGAGCAUUUGACUAUUGGUGCAGAUGUGAUUCUCGAGAUAUUUUCCCAGUUGGAUGGUGUAGCUUGACAGGAGAUGCAUUACAACCACCAGGGAACAAUGUUUCCAUUACAAAGAGCAGUGCAAAAAUCCAAUCUUCCCCUUCCAAAGUGACCCGGCGUUCAAUGCAGUCUCCACAGAAAUCUGCUCCGGUACCAGCGCAACGGGGCAGGAAACCAGGUCGGGGCAAACCCCCUGGACAGUCUGCAGUUCCCAAGAAGGGCAGGUCUCCUAAAAAUAUUCCCCUGACAAAAAGCAUCUCUCAUACUGAAAAUCUUAAAACAAGGAAAAAAAGUUUAAAACCUGGAAAAAAGAAAAAAAUCUUGCCAGAACAACUGACUCCUGCAUCUCCUUCUCCUCAUUCUUCUCCUGAGAGGGAUGGUGGCACUACACAGAUACUUAAAGAUGGAGUUAGUUUGUCUGGUGCAACUGCAGCAGUUAUAUCCACAGUGUGUGUUUAUGUUAACAAGCAUGGAAAUUCUGGGCCUCACCUGGAUAAGAAGAAGGUUCAGCAGCUUCCAGAUCACUUUGGACCAGGUCCUGUCAACGUGGUACUUCAGCAGGCAGUACAGGCUUGCGUGGAUUGUGCCUAUCAAUCCAAAACAGUCUUUGGAUUUCUGAAAUCUGGCCAUCACGGAGGGGAAAUGAUAACUGCUUCUUUUGAUGGGGAAAAGCAUGCCAUCAAUCUCCCUUCUGUAAACAGUGCAUCGUUUGUCCUGCGCUUCUUGGAGAAACUCUGCCACAGCCUGCAGUGUGAUAAUCUCUUUAGUAGCCAGCCCUUCAGCCCUUACAUGGGAUGUGCACAUAGUCCUAUGGAGUAUGACAGGAACAAACCAGCGAAGGAAGAAAUGCCUGAAAACAGGAUUGCUAAACGAUACUCUCAGGACUCUCCACCAUACACUGCUCCUCUUUCCCCUAAGCUUCCCAGAAAUGAUGCUCAUCCAUCUGAAGCAGAAACAUUGCCUAUAGAAGAAAACAGCACUUCCAAAGAACACCGAUUUUCUGAGGACUCUCUAGAUUCUGCACAUAAUUCUGUAAAUCCUUCAAGCCCAACCUGUCGAAAUUCCACAGAAUAUUGUGCUUCAGGGAGUGCAGCAUAUUACAGAAAUUCCCAUCAGUCAGUGAAUGCUACCUCAAAUUCAACCCCAAUCCUGCGCAGGCUGUCCUUGAGCUCUGCUGGGAGCAGCGGUUACUAUGAAGUUAGUAGGAAUCGAAUACAGAGGCGGAUUGAAGCUGCAAGUUCCACAACCGGGCCAGAUUUGAAUUCACUAAAAAGGGAGCCUUCAAGAAUAUUGAAUAAGGAUCCUUCCACCUGGUCAAUAGAAGAAGUAAUGCGUUUUGUGAAAGAAGCUGAUCCACAGGCACUAGCUCCACAUGCAGAACUCUUUAGGAGACAUGAAAUCGAUGGGAAGGCACUACUCUUACUGAGGAGUGAUAUGAUAAUGAAAUAUAUGGGACUGAAGCUGGGGCCUGCCCUUAAGUUGUGCUACCACAUUGAAAGACUUAAACAAGGAAAGUACUAGCCUGUGGGGAUGCACCACAAGUUCGUGUGUUUGUUUCGCACUAAGCUCUCAGGUUCACAGCCAUCGCCUUUGGAACAGUUCUGCUGAUCUAAAUCAUCUUUAUUUUUUGAAAGUGCUCUCACAAUGUAAAUAAGGCAUUCAGGAUAAAGGGGGAAGGGAUAUAAUCUGUAUUACACUCUAGUAUUUUGUGAACUGUUUCAAAAGGUUUGCAGGGAAGGACAGUUGAUCAUACUGGGGGCAGGCGGGUCAGGUGACGGUGCUCUUCCAAUCCUGUGUUCUCUGUUACAGACUUCAGCCAAUGUGUUUGUAUUCAGAACCAAAACAGCUAAAUCCCAAAGGAAAAUAAUAAAACAAACUGGCAUCAGGUGUUAACAAUU